UAGCCAGCCUAAGGGAUCAGAUUAUCUGCUGGACAGUUUUGAUGGAAGAGCAGCAGAUUAGGGGAAUAUGUCUCCCUGGGUGAAACCCAGCUGUGGCCCUGUGCCGCUGGUGCAGAGGCCAAGGGAAACAGCUGUCUUGUUCCUUGGGGACUCUGAAAUGCCGAGGCUCCCCUUUCAGCAGUGCCGCAUUGACCCUCGGGCAAGAUAGGUCCACCUGCCGGGCGUGAGCUGCGGGGGAGAUGGCCGAGGCAGGUCCCCCAAGAGGCAGGAUGUGGUGCCGAAGAGAUGCGACUUCUUUUCCUGGCAAUCUCCACCUCGUGAUGGUCCUGCGCCCCACCGGUUUUUUUCAGCGCACUUUUACCGACAUUGGCUUCCGCUUUAGCCAGCAGGAUUUUCUUCUCAAGCUGCCGGUUGUAAUGCUGAGCUCUGUCAGUGAGUUAUUGACAUACAUCGAUGAAAAGCAGUUGACACCUGAAUUCGGAGGCACUUUGGAGUACUGCCAUAGCGAAUGGGUCAUCUUCAGGACGGCUAUAGAAAGCUUUGCACUCACAGUGAAGGAAACCGCUCAGAUGCUGCAGUCUUUCGGCAUGGAGUUGGCCGAAACACAACUCCCGGACGAAACGUAUUCCAUUGAGCACAUCCUGGCCCUGCGGACAGAGAAAUACUAUCAGCUAAAGGAAGACAUCACCACAGUAACCAAAGAGGGAAAGAUGUUGUUGUGUAGUUUAGAAGAUCCAGACAUGGAAGAUCUGGGAGAGGAGCAGCCACAAGAGAGAUCGGGUGACUGGGAGACUGUUCAUCGUUUACUCACCCAACUGCACGAGAUGGAAACCGCUUUUGACGGAUUCUGGGAGAAACAUCAGCUGAAGAUGGAGCAGUAUUUGCAGCUAUGGAAAUUUGAGCAACAUUUCCAAGAGCUCAGUAAAGCCCUGGAAUUCUUACUGGUCCAGCAACGGGAAUUGUCGGACACUGGAGAAAAUAUCUCUCAAGUGAAGCAAAGGCUCUCAGAGCUGGAUAACUUGGACAAAGCAGCGCAGGAUUUAACAGGAAAGGCUCAAGUGGUGAUUCUUCACGGACACCAAAUGGCUGCCAACCACCAUUAUGCCCUCAACUUGAUUUGCCAGCAGUGCAACGAACUGCGUCACCAUUCCGACAUCUUGUUGGAGGAAAUCAAAAAGAAAUGCAACAGGCUCCAGCAAACAUUGGACCUCCUCACCUCUCUGCAGCAGGCCAUGGAAUGCUGUGAUGAAGGUGUGUAUCUUCUAGCCAACCAGCCACUGGAUAAAUGCCAGUCCCGGGAAGGGGCCCAGAAAGCUCUCCAAGACAUAGAGAAGUUUCUUGAGAGCUCUUCGCUGCAUUUAAACAUAGAUCCCCAAGCCCUAUCCUCUAACUUUCAUCUCAUCCUAACACCGGAGCUCAAGGCCCGGAUACAGAUGGUCCAGAUCAAGCUGGAGAACGUGCGCAGCAUGUUUGAGAACCGACAGGCUUGCUUCAGAAAGCUUGCAGACAAGCAAGUGCGCCCGGUGCAGCUUGUAGCCCCACGGCCAGAAUGCCCACCCCCACGGUCUAAAUCUCCACUGUUUUCCCCCAAACAUGCACAGUUUGAAGAUGAGACACCUUCUCUUCAUAUCUGUUUACACUCCUCUGCAUCUGUUUUUCUCCCUACAUCCUUUGCCCAUUGCUACAUCCAAGGUGUGGAUUUCAAUUCCAGUUUGAAAUUUUCCUUUGAUAUCUCGCUGCCUGGCAAGAAAACGUCAAGGAAGUCUCCGAACUCCCGCAAGAUUGAAGUAAUGCACAAUUAUCAAGAGAAACGAAAUUCCUUGCAGUACUACAUUACUGAAAGUGAAGACAGCUUAGAUAUAUUGAAAAGCCGCGUCAUACAUGAACUGAUACAAACAGAACGAGUGUACGUUGAGGAGCUUUUCACCAUUUUGAUGGGGUACCGAGCUGAGAUGGAUAACCCCACAAUGGCUUUUCUCUUACCACCCCUUUUGAGAAGCUGCAAAGACGUUCUCUUUGGAAACAUGCCUGAGAUUUACGACUUCCACAACAAUAUCUUCCUCCACCAUCUGGAGAGUUGCCUUGAAGCACCAGAGAGAGUUGGAUACUGUUUCUUGGAAAGGCGGGAAGAUUUUCAGAUGUAUGAGAAGUACUGUCAGAAUAAACCACGGUCAGAAUCUCUCUGGAGGCAGUAUGCCGAGAGUCUCUUCUUCCAGGAGUGCCAGAAAAAGCUAGAACACAAGCUCAGUCUGGAUUCCUACUUGCUCAAACCGGUGCAGAGGUUAACCAAGUACCAGCUGCUUCUCAAGGAACUGCUGAAGUACAGCACAAGCUGCGAUGGGGUGCAGGAAUUGCAAGAGGCCUUAGUUGCCAUGCUGGAUUUGGUCAAGUCGGUCAAUGACUCCAUGCAUGAGAUUUCCAUCACUGGCUACGAUGGCGACCUCAGUGCGCUUGGCAAAGUGUUGAUGCAGGGGUCCUUCAGCGUGUGGGUGGGGCACCGGAAAGGCCCUACAAAGAUGAAGGAUCUGGCCCGGUUCAAGCCGAUGCAAAGGCACCUUUUCCUCUAUGAGAAAGCCCUCGUCUUCUGCAAGAAAAGGGAGGACCACUGCGACGGCUUUGACAAGCGGUUGUCCUACAGCUUUAAGCACUUUUUGAAAAUGAACGCUGUCGGAAUCACGGAAAACAUGAAAGGAGAUCCUCGCAAGUUUGAGAUCUGGUACAGCGGCCGGGAGGAAGUCUACGUCGUGCAGGCUCAAACAGUUGAUCUGAAGAUGGCCUGGCUAAAUGAAAUACGAAAGAUUUUGUUCAAGCAGCAACAGCUUAUCAAAGUUGAGAAGCAAGUAUCACCUUUGUGCACUGAUACAAUUCAGGUUUCUCCUCCGUUGAGUGAUGGGAAACAGCCAAGAGCUUCUGUAAGCUCAGAGGAGAAUGACUCUGAACAUACCAGCCCCAUAGCUGUGGAGGGCUUAGCCUCCUCUGCUCAGGACAAACCAAGAUCUUGGUCAGGGACAUCCCAUUCAUUAGAGAUCUGUGAAGGGCUUGAAGAGUGGUCUAGCCACCAUUAUUUCUCAACCUGCUCCGACACUGAAGAAGAAGAUGGCAACCAGCUGUCUCCAGGAAAAUACAAAGCCUUAGCAGAUUGCAAGAAGAGGGAUUCAGAUGAACUUCUGGUGAAGAACGGGGAUGUCAUUCAGCUCUUACAUGAAGAUGGAGAGGGACAGUGGUUGGUCAAAAACCUCAACCGAAGUAAAGAAGGCUGGGUGCCCGCCAACAGUCUGCAGAUAAUCCUCGGGGACUGUAGGUUUCGGAGCACCAGAGUCACAGACGCUGCCCAGGAUAGGAUGAGGAAAUUAAGCUCCCCCUGAAUUUAACGAAUUAAGGCCAAGCCCUUUGGGAAUACUCCAGUGGAGGCCUGAAAUGGUAACAAGGGACGGAGAGGGCCAUUAGACUUACUCUGUCCUCCAUCAUCCUAAGCAGGUGACAGCACUUGGCUGGUCUGGUCUCAGCAGCUAAGCAGGAUCAGGCCUGGUUAGUACUUGGAUGGGAGAACAUCAGGGCUCUAGGCUAGAUGGGAAGUUGGACAACUUUCCAGAAGAAGACAAUGGCAAACAUCUUAUGUGCUAUUGUUGAGGAAACUCUAUGGACGUAUCCCUGUAGUCAUCAGGAAUUGACCUCGACUCGAAGGAAACUAUCUUUUCAUCAUCGAAACACCACACCCUCACCAGCUUUCAUUGUGACCAUCAUUGGGAGCCAUUCUUUCCUCUUCUUUUUCAUUUUCCUUUCCUCCCACCUGUGGAAAACCACCAUUUUGUUUUGACCUAAGGAUGCGACCUCAUCUUCCUCUCCAUGGCAUCUCCUUUGAGAAGGCAUUUGAUUAUUUCCAUGGCUUUGGGGAGAGUUGAAGGGUGUGCUUUCUCCUUUUCCAACCACCCUUUGUUGGGAUUGGCUGGUCUUGAUUAGAGUCAGCUGGGUCUCAACUAAACAGUUGCCCUAAUAAGCCAACUUCAGUAGGUUUUGCAGGAACCUUGAGAUCAGUGAAAUGUCAUUUUCUUUUUGCUGUCAAGAGUCUAAGAAAGACUCCGACAUACAUGGGCUGUGUCUCAGGACUUCGUCAAUUGCAGCUCGAGUUUGUAGGCAUUUCACUAUGGAUUCCUCUAUAUUGGCCGGGGGUCUAGCAAAGUUUGCACGGUACUUUUUAGGGGGAUGGGGGGAACAUAUGUGCCAUAACUGAGUUCCACAUCCAUUUGCACUAAAUGUGUUAAGGUUGUCCUUGUUAGUAGUGAGACUAUAUGCUUCAGGGCCCUUUAUGUAAGAAUGAAUUUGUAUCUGGGCAAGGAUAGAAUGUCCUCUGCUUUUUAAGUGAGUUUCCAUAAUUUAUUUUCUGGUGCGUCUUCAUUAUUUUUUUUAUUUUUCUUUGUAGACUCAGGUAAUUUGGUGUCUACAGAUAACGGUUACAAAUUUAACUUCCCAACGCAUUCCUAAACACAGGGUAAUUAUUGUGACCAGGCUAUGCACAACAGCUCAGGGCAGUGAAUGGGGUGCAUCAACGCAAAAGGAUCUCUCUCAGUACAAGUUGCCAUUGAUCUGUGUUCCUCUACGUGUCACAUUUGGUCUGGGGAGGGAAGGGCUCUAAUUUUGUUCCUGAACCCCAGAUUCCACAUGGUCCUCUGAGAAUAUUGUUGUGCAUUUUUUUCUGUGCUUCUUGCAAUCUCCACGUGUACACACCUUCCCAGUUUGCUGAAGGUCACGCUGCUUCUGGAAUUCCUUGAGAGAAUUCCUAAACAGGCCAUUUUCACAUCCUUUCGCUUGUAUAUGGAAUACAUUGAAAUCACUGCACUACAAGUGUAAAAUGAGGAUGAGUUCAUUACAGUGGGAAGGCCUGCUUACCUGAAGGGAGGUUAUUUUUAAAAGUUUUCAUCCUCAUGUGUACAGCACAGUCCAAUCUUUUUAACUUUUGUCUACCUGGUUCUAAAUUGUACAUGCUUCGAUUUACCUACACAGCAAGUCCGAAUCUAAAGUUUUAGGCUGCGGUCCGACCCCUCCGUAGGAAUUACUUCUCAGUAGAUGCGAAUAGGAUUGCACUUCUAAACUUUGAAAACUUUGCACAAACUGUUGACAGCCUCUCAAAAUGGGCUGAUGUAAAAUGUAGAUGUUAUCCUGAGAUGUCUUGGCAGUGGGAGAUCUCGUCCCUGUCCAAUUCUUUGAAGUAUUCUGUAAAUGCCGUUGUAAGAAUGAGCUAAAUCUAUAUUUAAAAAGAAUUAUGAGCCUUGUUAAAUAAAUAUAUCUGAAGACUUUUCAUUUUGUUCAGAGAGUUUUGUGCUGCUUGCAUUCGGAAGAAAGGGGCGUCCUUUUCUCAUGUUGCCGUUCAUUUCUGGU